AUGAAGAGGAGUGAAUAAAUUAAUAAAGCAAUCUCUAUAAGAGAAGCACAAGAAGUUGAAAACCAACUGCUAAAAUAAAAUCAUUGCUAAGUUUUAGGUUUUUUGAAGCAUGAAUAGAGAUUAUAUCAAAGUGAAAUUACAAUUAACUUGAGUGAAAAUUCUGAAUUAAUCUUUGUUAAAGAGGGAGAAGUUCUUUCAAUGUAAGUACUCCAGUUCAACUCUAGUUAAAAAUAUAUUGAUCAUAAUACCAUUUUGAAUAUUAGUCCUAAUUUUGAACAACUUAAGAGAUUAUUUUGGGUUGGAUAGACCAAUAAAAAGGGAUAGAAGAUUGGGAAAUGGAAUGCAUUUUGGAGAGGUGAGAACCUUAAUGUUGGAGGGUGUUACUAUGAUAACGGAGAAAAAUAUGGAAAAUGGAUUGAAUUAUUUGAGAAUUAUUGGGAUAAAGCCUAAGUCACAUACUAAGGCUAUUAUGAAAAUAAUAAGAAACAAGGGUAUUGGAAAAUUCUUUCUAGUGACACAGAAAUUGGGGGUGGAGAGUAUGAAGAUGGGGAAAAAACUGGAUAUUGGGUUGAUAUUUACGAAAAUUAUAGUAGGUUGGCAAUCUUAUUUAUAUCUUUUAGUUGGUGUAAGGUUACAGAGAGAGGGAAAUAUAAGAAUGGGAAGAAAAUAAAGGAAUGGAUUUAAAUAUAUCAGAAUAAAAUAGUAGGAGCUGGAACCUAUAAUGAUGAUUAUGUUAAAGCAGGACAGUGGUCUGAUUUGCAUGAAAACUUUUAUGAUUGGUGUCAAGUGACCCAUGAAGGAAAGUAUUAAAAUGGGAUAAAAAAAGGAUAGUGGAAGACAAUUUUUGAAUAAAAAACGCUUGCAUAAGUAAACUACAAAGAAGGAGGAAUAAAGGAUGGAGAUUGGUGUGAGAUUUAUAACAACUUCUCUAUAAAUAAUUAGACAAAAUACAUUUGCAAAUAUAAAGAUGGGAAGCCAUGCAAAUAAUUGCAUAUAAUUGAUAAAAUCCAUACUAUUGGAGGUGGGACAUUUAAUGAAAAUGGAAUGAAAAAUUGGAAAUGGAUAGAAAUACACGAAAAUUAUUAAGAUUACGGUAAAGUGACUUAUGAAGGAAUAUAUAACAAUGAAAGAAAAGAAGGAAAAUGGCGCACUUAUUAUAAUUACUUUUUAAUAGGUGGAGGGUGUUAUUAAUUUGGAUUAAAGUUUGGCAAUUGGAUUGAUUUACAUGAACAUUUUUAAGAUUCAUGUUAGGUGAGUUUUAAAGGAGAGUACAAAAAUGGAAAGAAAAUUAAAAGGUGGGAUACAUUAUAUAAAUAAGAAAUAAUAGGAGGAGGUUAAUAUGAUGAAAAUGAAUACAAAAUCGGAAGAUGGAUUACUUUAGAUGAAAAUUUUGGAAGUCUUUGUUAGGUUACUUGGAAUGGAUAAUACAGUAAAGGAAUUAAAUUUGGAAAAUGGGAAAUCUAUUUUAAGAAUUAAAUUAUUGGAGGCGGAAUCUAUGAUUAUAAGGGUACAAAAUAGGGCCAAUGGAUUGAAUUACAUUCUCAGUUUUGGGACUAAUAAUGCAUCAGAUUUAGUGGAGAGUAUUUUGAUGGAAGAAAACAGGGAUUUUGGGAGACAUUGUAAUAGAAUAAAAGAAUUGGAGGAGGAAAAUAUGAUUUAGAUGGCAUGAAGUAAGGUAAAUGGAUUCAAUUGCAUCAAAAGUUUUUGAAGAAUAAUCUAUUUUUUAUUGGGGAUUAUGUGGAUUCUAGAAAAUGUGGAAAAUGGGAUGCCCUAUUGGAUCAGAAAUUAAUAGGAUGUGGUUUGUAUGAUGAUAAUGGAUUUAAAAUUGGAAAUUGGAUUGAUUUACAUGAGCCUUAUAUGAACACUUGCAUUAGUUAUUUGGGGAAGUACAACAAUGGAAGGAAAGAAGGAGAAUGGAAGACCUUUAUUUAAUAUCAGCAGAUCGGAGGAGGGCAUUAUGAUGAAAAUGGAUAAAAAAGUGGAAAAUGGAUAGAAUUGGAUGGGAAUUAUAACCAAAAUAUAUUAACUAGAGAGGCAGAAUAUCAAAAUGGUAUAAAGUAGUGAGGUUGUUUAAUAUAAAUAUAUACAAUUUUUGAGUUUUUU